AUGGCUGCGCAAAAGUUGCAAACGGCCGCGAUUUUAACGGACCCAGGCCCGGAACCAAAAUUCGUCGUGUCUAGAAUCCCCAUCCCGACCCCAGGCCCCAACGAGCUCCUGGUCCGUCUCUCGUGCACGUCGGUCUGCCACUCGGAUGUAUCCAUGGCAAAGGGCCACUUGGGUCCGCCGGCCUCCAUCCUAGGCCACGAAGGGGUGGGCCGCGUCGUGGCCGCCGGCUCCAACGCCGUCUACCUGAUCGGCGGCGACGGGGACGCCUCGUCUCUCAUCGGUCGCCGCAUCGCCAUCGGCCUGCUCCGCGACCUGUGCAACAUCUGCGACUACUGCCGCGCGCCUCCCGAGUACGCCUCCGAGAGCCGCUGCGCCGCCCGCAUCUUCUCGGGCCUGAGCCUGGACGGCACCUUUGCCCAGUACGUCGUCGUGCGCGCCCGCUACGCCCAGUUCCUCCCCGCUUCUCUCGACGCCGUCCCGGACGAGCAAGUCGCCCCGAUCCUGUGCGGCGGAGUCACCGCCUACAGGGCGCUCAAGGUCGGCGGCCCGGUCGCCGGGUCGUGGGUGGUCGUGUCCGGAGCCGCCGGCGGCGUCGGCGCCUUGGCCGUCGCCUACGCGCGCGCCAUGGGCUGUCGCGUCGUGGGGCUGGACGUCGGCGACGCCAAGCGCGCCUACGUCCUCGGGCAGGGCGCCGAGGCCUACGUCGACGCGACCCGCGCCGAUGCCCAGGCCGAGGUCAAGCGCGUCACCGGCGGCCCUGGUGCAAACAUGAUUCUCGUCACGGCCGGAGCCCCCGCGGCAUACGACGCCGCCAUGGGCAUGCUGGCUCCGUUUGGCACCGUGGUCUGUGUUGGCAUACCGCCCCCCGGCACCGUCACCAGCUUCAAUCCAUUCGAGGUCCUGUCAUACGGGUACAAAAUCGUCGGUUCCGUGACGGGAACGAGGGUUGAUGUGCUGGAGGCAUUGGACUUUGUCAAAAGGGGGUUGGUAGCGCCCAAGGUGAGAAGGGCCCAGCUCAGCGACAUUCAGAGUAUUAUUCAAGACGUCUCAAGGAGCGAGGGUGAGGGCAAGUUUGUUAUUGAUCUGAAAGACCAUGCAUCAGCGUUAUAG